AUAAAUAAUAAAUUCAAGAUGUCAAAAGCAAAAAAGUCGAGUUUUGCAGAAGAAUUAAAUAGUUUAUUAAACGUAGCACCUAAACCCUUCGAAUCCGACGAGGAAGAGGAGAGCACAAAAGCUAAGGUUGUUGAUAAAUUUGAGGAAUCUCACUCUGAUGAUGAGCAAGCUUCGUCAUUUAGGAAAAAAAAUGUUCCUUUGCUUGAUGAAACUGAUGAAAGAUAUAAAGGAAAAAAGGUGACGAGGGAAGAAGCUUUUGGUGAGGAAAGUGCAUCUGAUCAGGAUGAUGUUGAAAUGGAGUCUGAUGAAGAGGAAGAUGACGAUGAAGAAGAAGAUACUGAUAAUGUUGAUGAAGAUGAAGUGGAAGGAACUGAUGAAGAUGAAAGCGACAAUGAUGGUGAUGAUGAUGAUGAUGAUGAAGAUGAAGAUGAAGAAAAAGACACAGAAAAUCCCCUAUAUCGAGACCGCAGUGAUAAUUUAUUCAAAAAUCUAGUCUCUAAUCCUCAGUCAGAAGCUGAAAAAGGAAACUGCGUUAAAACACAGCAGAGAAUCUGGGAAAAACUUCUGGAAAUUCGGAUUAAAUUGCAGCCAGUUGUAAUAACCAGCAACAAGAUGCCCCAACACGACGUCGUAAAAACCCUGCAGACUAACCCGAAGUUUAACAAACAGAAAAAAGAGACUCAGAAUAAAUUAUGCGAUGUCUUGGAUAAUUUAUUGGAUCUUCAGCAAAAACUUUUUAAAAGCUUUCCUGAGACUAAGAAUCUAUUAGACCAAACAACUGCUGACAAAAAAAUUGAUAAUCAAGAUGAAGACGACGAAGAAAUUUGUUCAGAUACUGAGGAAGAGAUUGAAAAGUCUGAAGAAGAGCCAGAGGAAAAAUCAGAAGAACCUCCAAAGAAAAAAAUCAAACGCAGCCUGAAGGAUUACGAGAAAAUAAUCAGCGACAUUCACAAAAAAUACACGCCUUACCGCAACUCAGUGAUACAGAAGUGGAACGAUAAGACUCGUGUCGCUGCUGGAAAAAUGAAUAAAAAUGCAAACCAAUCUGUUGUCAGGCAAAUAGAGUUUGUGUUGAAUGACAAGUCUAAAUUGAUAAAACGCACUCAGCUUAAGCGGUCAGAGUACGAAAUCGUGGGAAAGAAAUCGCUGGAUGAGACCGACGAGGAUGGCAGGAGAGUUCAGGAGUACGACACCGAGAUCUACGACGAUGACGACUUUUAUCAUCAACUCUUACGGGAGUUGAUCGAGCAGAAGACUUCUCACAUCACAGACCCGGUGGAGCUCAGCAGACAGUUCAGUAAAUUACAGACGAUGAGAAAAAAGUUGAAACGGAAGAUUGAUACCCGCGCCACCAAGGGCCGCAGGAUACGUUACAAUGUUCAUACAAAUUUAGUUAAUUUCAUGCCAAGUAUAACUGGAAAUGAUACUUGGACUGAAUCUGGGAAAACUGCUUUAUACAAUUCGCUUUUUGGCAAAUUAAAAACUGCUGAAGUUGAAAAUAAUUAA